UUUCCGGACCAUCCCCAUCCCACCCAUCCGCAUUCGCAUUAGCGCUCCGAUAUCUGAGUGCUUCGACCUAGUUCCAACAAACCCAGUGCUAUUCGCAGCUCAAGUCAGAAGUAAAGGCAAUCGAUAAAAUCAGUAAAGAGCUAGGAAGACGCCACAUACAAAAUGGAUAUCCGCGUACUACGACCAUCGGACAUUCCCCAUGUCCAGCUCGCCAAUAUUACCAAUUUGCCCGAGAACUACUUUUGCAAGUACUACUUGUAUCAUGCCAUGAGCUGGCCGCAAUUGAGCUACGUAGCUGUUGAUGUCUCGCGUCCCCCAAAGACGCCCUAUGAUCCCCCAAAGAUUGUCGGCUACGUGCUUGCCAAGAUGGAAGAAGAGCCCACCGACGGCGUGCAACACGGGCACAUCACCUCUCUCUCCGUAAUGCGCACGCACCGGCGCCUCGGUCUAGCCGAAAAGCUCAUGCGUCAAUCCCAGCGCGCCAUGGCGGAGACUUUUAAUGCACACUACGUCUCCCUGCACGUUCGCGUGUCUAAUAAUGCGGCGCUGCAUCUCUACCGCGAGACGCUCGGCUUCACCGUCGAUAAGAUCGAGGCCAAGUAUUAUGCAGAUGGCGAGGAUGCGUAUAGUAUGAGGAUCGAGCUGGCAGACCUCAAGGAGCAGUUGCGAGACGAGGAGGAAGAAAUCUUCGGGAGCAGCGAAGGUGUGGAUGAAGGGAAUGCUGUGGGUGAUGAGGGCCAAGAGAAGAGGAAGGCGGAGAAGAAGACAAAGGUCAAGGUGGGAAGGAAUAAGGGUGUUGUCGAUCUUGUGGAGAGGGUGGAGGCGCCCAAGGGUGAAGCGACUGCUGCUUAAGAGGCAAUUGUUGCUGAAAUACACGGGCAGGUUGAGAGAGGUGAGGAGCUUGACAGGACGCGCGGCGAGUAGGAACGUCUACCGUUCAUCUCGGAUGGACAACGUGUGAAAGAUUCCUAGGUCUGAUGCAAGAAGUGUGUGGGUGAACAGCGAAGAGGGUUUUGGUUUUGAAAGACCGUCUUUGCGUUGGUAUUAGUCUAGUUAAAGGGCCCUUUUGCUAGGCCAACCCAUUCCUCUCGUCUUACUCUUGAAUGCAACGUGUAGAUGCGAGAUGCGGGAUGCGGGAUGCUAUAUACAACGCCCUCUGCAAGACGAGGCACACGUCAAGUAUCAGAGACAAGAGAGACGUCCACCACCCCCUAUAUAAAACGC